GUAUGUUAUUAAUACACUUUAGCGUUUUCCCCUGUUUGAUUAUUAGGCUCCAAUGGCGCUCCAAUAAACACUUGUCAUCGGCAGAUAGUUACGACAUCAAUGUUUUUACAUUUAUCUCCUGGUUUACUUGGGUUGUUCCCGUUGAACAUUUUUUAAUCGAAAAAGAAGCUUUUGACUUUGUUUGGCCGACCAAAUGUCGUUUAGGACAUCGGCGACCAGUUACCACAUCAAUGUUUCCCAGACUCAUUUAUUUCCUGGUUCAACAGGGUUUUUCCUGUUGAACAUUUUUAAGUGAAAAAAAAGCUUUUACCUCUGUUUGAAUGUCAUUUAGGAAUGCUGUCGAGCUCACUUUGGUUGUGAAAUUAGCAAGCUAUUUAAGUUCCCCCACAGAUGAGGAAAUAACAGAAACCAGACGCUUAACUGAUAGGAUCAACAGGAUGCUGUCUUUCCUGUUUUUCGCUGUGGCUUGGGUUGCCUGCCUGGCAAAAUCCAAUGAGUACUACUCAUACUCUCCGGCCCUUGGAUCAGGUAGUGGAACUCCCUUCUCGUCCAAAGAAGAAGGAAGUAUCACAGGCGUGAAAGUCUGGGAGAACCCUAAUAGUUACAUUACCGGUAUCCAGUUGCGUCAUGGAACCAAAUGGGGCCAUCUUAACGGUCGAGUCACCACCAGUGAAGAGAGAUUGGACCUAUUUGUAGGAGAAGCCAUCAUUCAGGUGUCUGGUAAAUACAGCCCAUCCAACUACAUCUAUCAGUUGAUUUUUGUGACCAACAAAGGUCGUGCUCUCAUCGCAGGCCAGCCAUUACAGAACUCCUUUAACUUUUACCCCAAGCAUGCGGAGGCGGAGCUUCUGAUGCUGAGUGGGCGGUUCAAUAGCGCUGGGAUCACAUCACUGGGAGCCCAUUGGGGGAGGCUCUAUGGGGUGGACCCAACGGCAGAUGACGCCAUGGAAUGACUACUCGUCAACCAAACGCUUAAAAGUGCAUUGGACUUUUGAGUUUCUAUGAUUUCCUAUUUAGCAAUAGAACCCAAUAAGCAAAAUCAUUUUUUUUUUACUGUGAAGUGAUUGGAAUGAACACAGGAAUGAGUUGUGAGGUGGGUUGGUUGUAAUCAAACCACUUCAUUAAUGUUUGUAGUAAUGUUUAAUGCAUCAUUCUCAUAGUGCAAAUUUAAUCCUAACUUAUACUUAAUGUACCUAUACACUAGUCUCUAAAUUGUAUGCAAGGCUUAUCGAACUUAUAUAACCAUAUGCCUAUCUCAAUUUAUUUAAGUAAAAAAAAUUAGGGUUAGAAAAAAAAAGUGGUCCAAAGUUUGAUCAAAUUUUGGACCACUUAAAACCCUUUCAUAUAUUUUACUUAUCAAAUAAAUUGAAAUUUUCUUUUCUUCAAGAAAUUCUAACGGCCACACCAUCCACCACAACCUUGCUCCCAGAACAUAUUGUAUGCCUCCGAUUGAAACCGUCCCUCGCCAAAUUGUACCUUUCCCUUCAGGGGUCAAUCCUCAAUACAUGUGAGCUCUGCCUUGAGACUUUUCUUUCAAAUUAUGGCUUGAAUAGGGGUCUGUUUGCCACGGCUUUCAAUUAAAACUGUAUGUCUUCACUACAUAAACCCUUUUUUAUUUCUUGCAUUUGACAUUAAGGCUAUUUGAAAAAUUAUCUGUUAAUGAUUGACAGAUGAAUUCUUCCUUUGCAAAUCACUAUGAAGGGCCCACAUUUGAUCGGUGGUUUAUAAUAAACUUUCCUUGCAUUUCUAAAUGAUGACUCUGCUCUCGAUCUAUUCAUUCUGCUAAUUCUCUACAAAAACGGUUUUAUCUAUACUAAACACAUUCUACGC